AGCCUUGAAAUGGCGGUCCCGCAUUAACUUCGAAGGACAAAAACAGAAAAUAUGUUUAAAUUUAAAAAAGGGAAAAAAAAAAAAAAGAACCCUUUAGUAGGGUUUUAAGUCCGCUAAAAUAACUGUGAGAGAGGGAAUUUAGAAGUUAAUUUUUGGCGGAAAAGAUGGAGGAACCGCAAGAGGCAGGCGUAGGAGUUCCCUUUUCGUUCCCUCCUCAUCGCCGAUCGCAUCUCAGGAGUGUAACUUACCGUAAUCUUGUUCGACUCAUGUCCCUUUGUUACGGCGAUUCUCCACUAGCCACUGCCCCUCCCAUUAUUCCUCUUCCACAAACACCUGAUAAUGGUGGUAACCGAGGUGAACAAGGUGGAGAUGAUGUCAGGGAGCCUGGCGAGUCGAUUGUCUCAGAUAGUAGGGAGCCUGUAAAUAUGGUGGCUAAUGGAGGUUCUGAAGGUGCUGUUUUCCGGGACAAGGGCUUGAAUGACACACAAAUGGUAAUAGAUGAAAUUGAGCAGAUAAUGGGAAUGGACGAUGGUCAGGAUUUAUUUGAUCAAAAUGAUAUGAUGGUUAAUAGUAGCAUGAAAGGCAACGGUUUUCAGGAUGGAGAGAUUGGUCGGGAACAAAUGCUAAUUGCUGAUUUAGAAAAUAUCAUGAAAGGCAAUGAAGAUUGUCAUCAGAUUAGUAACUGCUCAGCCGCAACAUUGGGCGAGAAUCAGGGUGAUAAUUGUUCGGGCAUAUUGUUGAAUAAUCAAGAUAAACAUAAUGAUUGUCCACCUGUUGUUAUGGAAUCUGGAACAGUUGGUCAGACACAAGUAGACAUGGAAGGUGGUAAUCAAAAGAAUAUCGACCCCUUUGGAAUCUCUUCAAAUAAGAGUUUGGCAGUUGAAGUAUCAAAAUUGAGUGGGAAAGUCAAAGACCAAAGUUCAUCGUUGAAGACUAACUUGAUGCAUGAGAAAAAUGAAAUUCAGCAAAAAGAGAUGGAAUUGGAGAACAUAAUCCCCUCCAAUGAGGGAAUGUGUUCUCCUGGUCCAGUGGUUGAAAAAGGAGAACCUGAAGAGGGAGAAAUUUUUGGUGAGAGUCUGCUUGUGAAUGAGUCAAUUGAUAUACUCUUAGAUGAUGCAGUAGUAUCAGAAAAAAAGGUAGAUGAUGCUGUGGUAUCAGGAAAAAAGGUGGAAGAGACGCUAAUUUCUGGAGGCACCUUUGAUGACAAACACCCUUAUUGCAAUGAAGAAAGCACUGUUAAUGAUGGAACUUCUGAGUUUACUUUCGUUAAUACAAAUGUUGCUCCAAUUGCAAACAAAGUUACAACUGGGGAAUUUAAAGGAAGUGAGACAGGUCAGAUGGUGUAUGAACUAGGAAUGAUGCAAAGAAAGGAAUGUAGUGGAAAGAUUCAGAAGCAAAUUGGACACAAAAAUAAAGUCAUUGAAACUAAAUCGAAGAAGGAUGUUGGUCUCAGCAAUAAGAAAAGUCAAAUUCUGACUCCUGCACAGAAGAAAGAAAAGAAAAAGAAGAAUAAACGAAAGAAAAGAGCAGAGAAAAACCGGCAGCUUGGUGUUAAAAGGUUGAAAGUGCAGACAGUUCUGAAACCAAAAACUGUAACAUAUUGUCGCCAUUAUCUGAAAGGAAGGUGUCAUGAGGGUGAGAAGUGCAAAUUCUCACAUGAUACAGUACCUUUGACAAAAUCUCAGCCUUGCAGUCAUUUUGCACGUCAGUCAUGCAUGAAGGGAAACGAUUGUCCAUUUGAUCACCAGCUCUCCAAGUAUCCCUGUAUCAAUUAUACGACUAAAGGUUCCUGCAGCAGAGGUGAUGAUUGUUUGUUUUCACACAAGAAGCCACUGGAGGGAGAUGUUGCAUCUCUGUCCAUUGCUCCUGAUCUUCCACUGAAGUCAUCAUUGCAGAGUGAUUCUGAUAUAGGACUGAAUAUCAGCAGAGCUCCACCUAAGAAUGCUAAUGCCUUGUCCUAUUCUCUAGGAGGUUUUUCUGACAAAAGCAAAAAACAAAUUGUGGCAGAUUCUCUAUCUAAAACACCUAAUCUUGCUUGCAAAGUUGUAAACUCUCUUUUUGUUUCAAAAUCAUCCAUCGCUGAAUCAAUUCAACUUAAUCAAGGCAGCUUAUCUCAAAAGAUGAAUGAAAGUGGAAGAGUUGGAAGUCAAAGUAAUCAAAGGAUGUUAGGCGUACGUGGUCCUGCUACAAAGCCAUCUGUGGCAGAAUCAAGUAAAUUUAUCCAAGGUAGCUCAUCUCUGAAUAUGAAUGGAAGUGGCAGACUUGGGAUUCAGGGCCACCAAAGUGAAUCACACACAAUUCAGAAUGGGAAUGAUGGUCCAAAGAAAAAGCCAGAAAUGGUACCAAGGGGUAUAAAUUUUCUAUCGUUUGGAAAAUCAUCUUUAGAAGAUUCCACUAGGAAAGUUAGUUUGGCGAAUGGGGCAGAUGGAUAUAAGCAACAACCCAGUGAUAUUGAAGGUGGUGGAGGUAAAUUCAGCAGUCAGCUUACCCCAAAUACAUCGAGUACAGAUAAAAAGAAAACUCAUCCAGCAGUGGUGCCACCGGGAAUAAAUCUCACUCUGGGAAAACUGGUUAGCUCUGAAAGUAGUACAUCAUCUAGCUUGCCUUACUGUUCAGAUAAUGUUAACAAUGGAUCUCUUCCAAAGAUUAAUUAUACUGCUGGUGAACAGCGCAACUCAAGUGCAAUGUCAUAUAAGUUGCCGGUUUCUCCACAAACUUCAGGUCAAUCCUCAGAGUGGUUAGCACAUAAAAGCACGCCGAAUUCUGCUCGGGAAGCACUCAUUUCUACUCUGGCAGUGGCAAAAAAGUUUGAUGAUGUCAAGGGUAAAUCUGUUCAUGGAAGUCAACAGUUGUCUGACAAACAAUAUGACUCCAAUGCAAACCCAUGGAAGAUGCCAGCUUCCCUGCUCACUACAGGUCAAUCAUCAGAGAAUAUAACACCUAAAAGCACACCAAAUUCAUCUCAGAAGGCACUGAUGUCUACUCUAGCAUUUGCAACAAUGUUUGAGUUUGGAAUGAAGAAAAAUCAGUCUGCUAUUAGAACUGCAGUUAAUAGUGAAACAGGGGAUAGCAGAACAGGUGAAGGAACAAAAACUGACAGCAAAAACUUCGAAGCUUUUGGACAUUUUGUCUAGUGUUGGCAGCAAAAUAAAGUAGAAAUGAAUACCAACUUUAUAAUGGUUAAUAUCGCAGAAGCAUUUGAUUUGAAAACGGGUUUUGAUUUUGGGGUUUGGGGUGGGCAGGAUAUUGCACAAGUGAAUGAGAAUUGAUUAAAGCUGUAAAGAGGCAUUUAGGGUUAGUGCCAUCUGUAUAUCUGUUAUUAUAGACAUUCAUUUCAGUUUUUAAUUGACAGGGUUGAGGCCAACUGUUGAGCAUACAUAAUUCAUGGCAUAGGCAGGUUGUCAUCGCCCUGGCUUUACCAAUUGACGGAGGUGAAAUCCUUUAUUUUCCCAAGAAAUUCAUGAGUCGACAUCUUCUCACUCCAUAUUAUAAAAUCAGGCUAGUAGUAAUGUUGUCAUAUCCAGUUAUCCAACGAGUUUAAAUCCAGCAUGGAGCAGCCUUCAAGAAUCUCAAGUUUUGAGCAAAAUAUCUGCGGCUGCAGACUUGCAGUAGGGUUUCUCUUAUCAGUGAUCAUUCAUUUUAAAUCUCCCCGCCAUUACUUUUUCAUGAGAAGGAGUGAUAUUCUCCUUUUUAGUGUGAUUUUUAUGUUUGGCUUUAAGCUAGUGGUGUGCAGCCCUCAAGACCUUUACAUUUUCCGACUACUGGCUUCAACCAAAAGAAGCAUAGUUGAUGAGCUUGUGAGUGCAGAUCUCUUUACAAAUUUUUCCGGCUAAAUUUAGUUUUGGAUUCGAUGAAAAUGGAAACGUUAGCAUGUUGUUGUUGUCUCUGGUUCAGGAACCGAAAUUUAAAGUUGGUCUCUGCCACUUCGUAAUUACUUAGUUUUGAAAUGAUUCUAAAUAUUGGUGUAUACAGGAAUCUACCAUGGGGUAACCCAUGGGUCAGAAAAGGUGAAAUCUAGACUCGGCCGGGCCGAGCUUGGAAUAGAUUUGAGUCCAGUUUGGACUAUUGUUUAAUGAAUACAAAUAUUUUUUAUCAAUAA